UAACCCUAUCCUUGCUUGUCCUCCACCAUUUUGGUCUCGACUCUUCCAUCCUGAUCAUUGUUGCGGUUCUCAUGAGAGCAACUGAUAUGUUAUAAAUUUAAUCAUUCUCAGAAUGCAUAGAGAGAAGUUAUGGAUGAAGCAUGGAACUUGCCCCCAUGAAUGCAUGCAGAUGGUGAAGGAGUGUUACACCUACUGAUAGCGACGUUUCUUCUGGUGAACGGGAUGUUAACGCCGUCCAGACCAGCGCGCCUAACAAGCCUGGGAUAUAAUCCGAAUGGCCGCCCUAGGCACGGACAAGGCCUUUCUAGACCGUUCCGAAAGCCUUUCUCGCCCUAGUAUAAGUAGUCAGCAUGGGCGCAACGAUCCCGUCAUCCUCUUAGAUUUGCGCUUUUGAACGCUUUUGAACACUUCGUUCACCCCCUUCCUCGAUAAUGUGGCCUGUCAAGCUCGCCGCGACAGUAGUUUCAUUUGCCGUCUUUGCUGCAUGCAAUCCACUCCUUACCCAUCCCAUUAAACGCUUUGCCUAUGGCGGCGACCUCGCCAAAUCCUACGAUUUCCUGAUCAUCGGCGGUGGACAAGCAGGGCUCGCUCUAGCAUCUCGCCUUUCUGAAGACUCGAAUACAACGGUUCUUGUUAUUGAAGCUGGUGACACUGGUGAAGCCGUUCAGGAUAAGAUCAGUAUUCCUUCUUCGACUUAUUUCAACUCUCUGACCAAGUCAGAAUAUGACUGGUCUUAUGAGACUACCUCUCAGACCAAUCUGGGUGGUCUCGCUGUCACCUGGCCAAGAGGAAAAGUUCUGGGAGGUUCCUCUGCUAUCAAUGGCAUGUAUGUGGUCCGACCAUCAGAAGUCGAGGUGAAUGCGUGGGCAGGACUACAGGAUUCUGAAGGCGCGAAGUCGUGGAGUUGGUCUGAAUAUUACAAGGCCAUGGAAAAGUCGGAAACCUUUACUAGACCUAGCGCCGACAUUGCCAACGAAGCCAAGAUUACCUCCAAUGACCAGAGCCUCGGGUCCUCGGGUCCUAUUCACACAGGUUUCCCUGGAUUUACCUACUCCACUGUCGGCGACUGGAACACAGCACUCGCUAGCGUAGGAAUUUCCCUCAAUCCCGAUCCCUAUUCAGGGAAAACUUGGGGUGGGUUUGUCGCCAGAUCAUUCAUCGAUCCGUCCAAUUGGCUGCGCUCCUAUUCACGCUCAGCAUACAUCGAUCCCUUGUCGAGCCGGCCCAACCUAUCUGUCCUUGUUAAAAACACGGUGACUCGCAUCGUCUUCGCUUCUGCGGAUAAUCACACUGCUACUGGAGUCGAGUUCGCCGCGACACGGGACAGCGAAAAACAAACCGUCGGAGUCAACAGGGAAGUGUUAGUGGCUGCCGGUGCGGUCGGCAGCCCCCAGGUCCUAAUGCUUAGUGGUGUCGGACCCAAGGAUAUCUUGAGCGAUGCCAAUGUUCCCGUACAAUUGGAGCUCCCUGGUGUGGGUCAACACCUACAAGACCAUCCGUCGACUCUUGUGGUAUACAAAUCGGAUAAAGACACCUUUGCAAAGUCACGCCAGUCAGGUUUGAAUACCCCCCAAUUCAACUCUUUCGUCAACUCGGCCAUUGCUUAUGUUAACGCAUCGUUUCUGUUCAACGGAGAUGCUGCAACUCUUCAACAACAGGUUCAAUCCCAGUUCUCUACAAACCUGAUCCCCAGCACUUCGCCGGAAGUCCUUGAGGGUGCCAAGGCAAUCUAUGACGUACGGGCGAAGACCAUUUUGCCCAGCGAGGUCGGACAGAUAGAACUCCUAUUGGGCUUGAUGUUUGAGGGCACAAUCUCAAUUGGUGUGGCAUUGCAACAGCCACUCAGUCAAGGACGGCUGUACAUCCGGUCAUCUUCAGUGUUUGAUUAUCCAGUUAUUGACCCCAGUUACCUUUCACAUCCUGCUGACACAACGAUCCUUCGCCAAGGUAUCAAGGUUGCACGAAUGCUUAGCAAAGUCUCUCCUUUUAGCGAUUCUCUUGGAGACGAAAUUUCUCCAGGUCCCGGCGUUGUCACUGACGAUGACAUAGACAAAUGGCUCGCUGGCCCAGCACAAAUUAGCACCGAAUACCACCCGUCCUCUUCUUGCGCGAUGUUACCGCAAUCGAAAGGUGGUGUUGUUGACGCCAAUCUGAAGGUCCAUGGUCUGAAUAACGUCCGUGUUGUGGAUGCUUCCGUGUUCCCCUUUGUCUUUGCUGCACAUCUCGGAGGGCCUGUCUAUGGGUUGGCUGAACAAGCUGCUAACAUCAUCCGUGCGCAGUACAAUCUUCCUUCUACGAAUUCUAGUUCAGCUUCGUCCUCGAACAACUCGAAUUCAAAGCCUACAAAUAGCAACCCUCACAACGGUGGUAUUGGUUAUGGUGCACAUUCUUCAGUAUGGACGUUCUUCAUGCUUGCGUUGGUCAUUGGCCUGUACAUGUAAACUUCCCCUCCUUUUUUCUAUGGACGCUUCCCUUUUUUUAUUCAGGUUGCCGGUCGAGAAUGUUCUCGAGGCUGUGCUCCUGAUCAUAUUCCCAUUUUAGUUUUAGUUGUCAGGUCUACACACCACCACCCUCCCUACUUUUCACCUCAACAGAUUAUAAAUAAUGGACAUUGCACUAGGAGUGUAUUCACACCUCAGUUGUAUCUUAUAAAACCUUGUAGCCUAUAAUUACAGUUUUGAUAACGACCUUUCAGUCGAAAGUUUCUCUACCACCUAAAUAGACCCAAC